UUGAUUAGGGCUUAGAUGACCGUGGACGGUGAUUUGCCUACUCUUCUCGCCGGGAGAAGCGUGGAUUUUGGUCAGAAAUGCAAGCUAGAAAUGCUAAUUUGGAGGAUGCCGAGCACUAGCGAUGGAGGAGCAAUCGUCUUUUGGCCAGGAAUUUGCUCUUGAGCUUCAAAUUUGGGGUCCACGAUCUUGCAAGUAAAAUGACGAGCUGUAGGACAGUGGGGGGCUGUGUCUCGGACUACGUUGCUGCUGGCAUCACAUUCUUUGUAAUUUUCCUAGUUUGCAUUGGAAUUUGUUUUGUAAGUAUCAAACGACGGCAAUUGGAGCUCAACGCCAAGAAGGUGUCGGUUUUGCUCGUCCAAGCAUUCGCGAGCUUGAUAUAUCUUGUGGCUUCUCUGAUGUCUUUGAACUAUUUGAGGCUAUCUCGACGCCAUCUAUGGCAAAAUUGUGAUCUCAUGCUUUGGCUGAAGGGACCAUUUGGAUUUGGAAUCCUUUUAAGCUGUCAUAUUGUACAGGCAUAUAGGCUUCACUACGUCUUUAUUGCAAGGCGCCUACCACCUUUGAAGUAUUAUCAGCUUCUUCCGCUACUUGUUAGUCCAUGGUUUGCUGUAGCCGCAGUUAUACAGGCAGUGAGUGAUCACGAUAAGCGAUCACCGACCUGCCAGUUUAACAUACGUUGGGAGCUCGCAGUGGGAUCGCUUUAUGCUCUCUAUCCUGCUAUUCUCCUGCUCGCAACUUGGAAGGUGCGGCACAUAAGAUUUGAGUUUGACGAGUUCAAGGAGCUUCUCAAAGCAGCUUCCAUCUGCGCCUUAAUGCUUGUUGUCUGGGCCGGAAUGUUUGUUGCAGCCCAGCUUGAUUCAAAAGUCGUAGUCACUACUCGGUUUAUUGUGGCCGUUUUGGUCAGCGUUGGCGUUCUUUUCCUGUUUUGGAUUCCUAUCGCAAAACCCGUUCACGAUCUAUUUCACGGCCGUAGGAGUAACCACCGGUAUUCAACCAUGGGGCAAGCGCUUGGAGUUCCAGUCAGUGGAGCCAUAUCUCAACCGUUGAUAGCCUUCAAUUUUAACAGGCCGCUGGAGCUGUUGCUUGAGCAUAGAAGGUUUCGACAGUCAUAUUUGGCUUUUGUCGACAGUCGGAUGGCCGGUGAGGUCGUGCAUUUUUACAGUGAGGUUCGAGAGCUCAACAAACUCCAGCAGCAGCAUCAAGUUGUGCAGAGAAUUUACAUGGCAGAACACAUCAUUGACAAGUACAUCAAGUCAGGUGCGCCAAUGGAGAUCAAUAUAUCCCAUCAAAUGCGUUUAGACAUUAUCAAUACGACUGAUUUGGCUGACCCAGACCUGUUCAAGCGUGCCGUCGGCGAAGUUUUGAAAAUGAUGCAAAUGAAUCUGUCGAACGACUACUGGCAAUCCGAGUAUUUUCAAGAACUAAAAGAUGAACUGGACGCUGAUGUGGAAUCUCAGCAAACUGGUGACGAUCUAGAACAGCAACUAGAUGUGACUGCUACCAAGCGUGCGUUGAGAAGGCUUUACGAUCCUACUCCAGACAAUCCAUUCGACCAAGGUUGCCCGUUCAGUGGUGAACUUCGCAAAGAGAAUCAACCCGAACAACAUCAUACUGGAGAAUCACAAUCCCAGAGGUCCGAAAUCUUAUUAACUAGCCAAGACACUACGCUGCCACGGAGUUGAUCCUGGCGAACUAGAAUCUGGACGAUACACGAAAUUCGUGCGCGCAGAGUAAGAAAUUAACAGUCGAGUUUUUCUUC